GCUCAGCUUGUUAUACAAACAAAAUAUCUAUCGUUCCUUCAACUCUCGCGCACGUUUGUUCGUUUCCACGUGUCGCACAUACGGCGUCGUGCGUGCUGCUCUCGUUUGUGUGCCGAGCCGUGCACCAUAACGAAAUGUGUGUGUUGUCUGCAAAAUUAAUGAUGCAUUAUUUAUUGUAAUUUACAACACUUCGGAACCCUUCCCACGGUUCGUUCCCAAAAACCAACGACACUUUCGCGCCGCGGACGGGAUACGCGACUACACUACCGACGUUCAAUCGACUGCCUCUUCGACCUACAACUACAACCGACUGCGCUACUUCCACAACCAAUUCUGUGCCACGUUGCUGAACCACAAUCAUCACAACUAUCCUUAAAACACCGCCUUACACCGCAAAAAAAAACAAACAAAAUCCUUCAAUAUUUCGCCGACGUUUAUCUCUGGCGUUCUAUUUGUCACAUCGUGGUCCGCGCACAAACAAAUUAUUCCCUUCUCAAACAAUGAUCCCCAACUGCACCGGCCAUGCGCAAAAACAAACGGGUAACCCUGGCAACCAUUUCAAAACCGCAGCGAUCUCGAUGAUGACAUUGAUCUAGACGUUAAUGAUCUUACUGUCGUGUUAUCCUUCCUACGUAUACUCUGGGAAUGAACGAGAGGCAAAAAAAAUAACAGGGAAAAAGCAGGGAAGCUCCAACUUCUCUACUUUUUCUCUCUUUGAUCCCCCCUCCGGGUACUGUGCCACAGUUUGGCUGGAAAUAAUAUUGUUCAAAACGGUUGAAUAGAAGUCACAAAAAUAGGGAAACGGAAAUAAAAAUCACGGAAGCCCUCGAGAGUCAUCGACGAGUGGAAGGACAAAACUCAUGCAAGAGGCUAGGGCACAUUUGAACUACAGGAACAGCUAGUAAAAGAGAAGGCUUUUUGAUAGGGCAAAGCAAAAAUAUUGCUCGGUAUGCUUUUAGCUUGCAGUUUUCUCCGUUCUCUCCCUUCCGAGAAAUCUUUCCCUUUUACCGAAAGUGUUAUAAAAAAAGGCUCACCCUGGAGGCAUUCCAAUUCAUGUUUUGUUGAAAAUGCAAAUACGGAAUACGCCCCGAAGGAAUAAUUUACGUAUUUUCUAACUCGAUCUAACAUUCAUUCUCUGCACCAAUGUACCUGGGCAUAGGUUUAAUGAAGACAAACUCCACAAUGUAUGUGAUGUGAUGCAAAUUUCCUCGGAUUCAGUUGAUAAAGAACCGGCCCUUCGAAGGUCAAAACGACACUAGUAAUUUGAUAGAGGAAAUAAAUUUUAGUUGUGUUAGCUGCAUUUGGUAGAUGGUACCUUUUUACUAUGAUCGGUAAUUUACUGAUUCCUUGUUCCAUUAGAGUGGAACAGGGCACCUUAGCCGUCAUUGGGAUUGAGGAAGGAAAAAGUACGGAAUGGAGAGAAUUCAAAGGAGAACUCGUAUUUACGAAUGUUUUAAAGCGCAAUUCAAACAAACAAAUAACAUCUAGUAUCAAAACAACAACUUAUCCAUACCGAAUCAAAGCACCCAUAGAUUGUCGUAGGUGUAGCAUUUUUAAGACAAACGAAUAAUAUUUUAGUAAAGACCAUUUUAACAUCGAUUGCAA